UUUUCAAUCACAUUUCCACUAAUUUUUCAUCAAAUCAACGGACACUCACGCCCGCCGGAGUCCCGCCAGCCCCGUCAGCACCACGCCGCCCGCCGCCAGCACCUUGUUCAGAUCUCCCAACCAAUAUAUAUAUACGCUAAAAAUUUGAUCGAAAUAGAGAAGAAAACUGAAAGCUUAACAUUCAAGAAGAAGAAGAAGAAGAAGGUGAAGGUGAAACCCAGAAGCUGUCAUGGAGGAUAAAGACAGCUCUAAGUUGAACAUUGCAAUUAUCCACCCUGAUCUUGGGAUAGGUGGAGCAGAAAGGUUAAUUGUUGAUGCAGCUGUAGAACUCUCGUCCAAGGGCCAUAAUGUUCAUAUAUUUACGUCACACCAUGACAAAACGCGUUGCUUUGAGGAGACAGUCUCUGGUACUUUUCCUGUCACGGUUUAUGGUGCUUUCCUGCCUCGGCAUAUCUUUUACCGUCUCCAUGCAGUGUGUGCAUAUUUACGGUGUAUAUUUGUUGCUCUCUGUGUGCUGUUUUGUUAUCCUUCGUUCGAUGUUGUGAUAGCCGAUCAGGUCUCAGUCGUAAUCCCACUGAUGAAGAUGAAAAAGCUGUCAAAGGUUAUCUUUUACUGCCAUUUUCCAGACCUGUUGUUGGCUCAACAUACGACUAUUCUUAGGAGAAUCUACCGGAAACCUAUAGACUUUUUGGAAGAAAUAACAACAGGUAUGGCCGAUUUGAUUCUUGUAAACAGUAAGUUUACAGCAUCUACUUUCGCGAAGACUUUCAAGCAUUUAAAUUCACGAGGGAUUAGGCCAGCCGUGCUCUAUCCAGCCGUCAAUGUGGAUCAGUUUGAUGAACCUAAUGCUACUACUAAGUUGAGUUUUCUGUCCAUUAACCGUUUUGAAAGGAAAAAGAAUAUAGAAUUAGCUAUAUCUGCAUUUGCAAUGCUCUGCAACAGCCAACAGGGUUUUCUUGAAGGUGACAGCAAAGACGGGAUUUCCUUGAUUGUUGCAGGUGGCUAUGAUAGACGGCUCCGAGAGAAUGUAGAGUAUCUCAAUGAAUUGAAAGCUUUGGCCAAACGAGAAGGCGUAACUAACCAAGUCCAAUUCAUCACAUCGUGUCCCACAACCGAAAGAAAUACUCUUCUUUCACAAUGUCUUUGCGUGCUCUAUACACCACAGGACGAGCAUUUUGGCAUUGUCCCUUUAGAAGCAAUGGCAGCUCACAAGCCCGUCAUCGCAUGCAACAGUGGGGGCCCGGUUGAGACAAUAAAGCACGGAAUUACGGGCUACCUUUGUGACCCUAGCCCACAAGAUUUCUCCAUGGCUAUGGCUAAUUUUAUUCGGGAUCCUCAAAUGUCAAGAACCAUGGGCCGGGAAGCCCGACAACAUGUCGUGCAGUUAUUUUCUACAAAGAUUUUUGGGCAGCAUCUGAAUGCGUACGUUGUCGAUACAGCUCGGAGAAAGAGAGAUUGACAUAAAACUUUUUGCAGGCAAUGAAGAUGAUUGACCAGCUUAAUAGUAUAGAGAUUACACCUAAAGCUUUUCCCUUAGAACUUAGAAGUAUAUUAAAUGCUUCCUUCCUACAUUGGUGACUUUCCACCAACUCGCGAACGAUUUCAGUCUGAACUGAACUAAAUACUGAUAGAAACUCGACUGAUUGUAUGGGUAUCUUGGACAUUUAUUUUUUUGCUGAUAGUUUCAUUUGAUAUACUGAACUGAUCCUCAGCAUUACAAAGGUUGACAAGCAGAAAUCGUUUUAACUUAGAACAAAUACAAAUUUCCAGUCCAAAAGAAAUCAACUUCUUCAUCUAUUUGCCUUGCUGAGGUAGAGAUGGUCAUAGAUAUGUCCAGAUUUAACUAAAAUAUGCACAAGUCAUCAUGGAACUGCUACCAAAAAAAAUAAAUAAAAAUGAUACAACAAUUGAAUACGACCUAGCGCUAUAUCUUACUAUCUUUCGAACAGAUUACAACACAACUUAAAUAACAUGCAAAAUUGCAUUUCAUUUAUGUAAAUAACUGGCUUCUCACUGACUCUACUUUGGGGUUUACGCCAUCAUGGCAUUCGUCUUCAAGAGCCCAUGUCAGCAUUUCUGUACAAAAUUGAUCGUCCGCUUUGAUCCAUAAAGCCUAUCAAUAUCCAAAUGUGCACAAGUAUGAUCAGAGCACGAAAUUUUCAACUCUUGUAACCAAAAGAUUGGAAACCGGAAAGUGAGAAAAAGGGUACCUUGU